CAAGAACCAAACCAAAUUUUUAAUUACGAAACCAUUCAACACAUAUCCGAGCAAUGGCUUUCAAGAUUGUAUUCGCAUUCGCUUUCGUCGCUGCAGCCAGCGCGGGCUACGCACCUAUUCAUCCGGUAUAUCACGCCGCACCUGCCACUGUUGCCGUACACGCAGCACCUGUAGCCGUUGCCCAGAAGGUCAUCGUCAAAUCGGAGGAAUAUGAUCCUCAUCCUCAGUACAAAUUUUCUUAUGGAGUCGAUGACAAAUUGACGGGUGAUUCCAAGAGUCAAGUGGAGGAGCGUGAUGGUGAUGUUGUGCAUGGUGAAUACUCGCUCAUCGACGCCGAUGGAUACAAACGCACCGUUCAAUAUACUUCAGAUCCCGUGAAUGGUUUCAAUGCUGUUGUUAACCGUGAGCCUUUGGUAAAAGCUGUUGCUGUAGCUCCUGUGGUAAAGACAGUUGGCCCAGUUGCUCAUUACGCUACUCCUGUGGCUCAUUAUGCUGCUCCAGUUGCUCAGUAUUCUGCCGCCCCAGCAGUGGUUAAGACAGUUGCGCCAGUCACCCAUUACGCCGCACCUGCUGUAGUAAAAACUGUCGGUCCUGCGGCCCAUUAUGCUGUUCCAGUGGCACAUUACUCGGCACCUUCUGCCCAUUAUACUUCUUACGGUACGCCAGCGGUGUUGAAAUACAAUCAUUAA